UCGCCAUCAGUUCGAUAUUCCUCAUGUUUCGUUUUGUUAGUAGCGUUCUUACAAUAUUUCAAGCAGACUCCUUAUCUUGACUCCGUUCGAGAAGAUUAUUUUGAAAAAAAGUGCAAUAAAUAAACAACUGAUACGUAGCUUCCAACGUGUUAUAAAGAGGGCAAUCAAGCCAACUACAACUCAAUCGGCAAAAGUUCAUCGAGCUCUGACUGCUGUUCUUUUCUUCUUCGUCUUCUUCUUCAUCUACGACACGUCAUCUUCUAGAGAGAGAUCGUUGCUGUUGAGUAAACGGCAAGCGAUCAGGAAAAAUGGGAUUCUCUUAGCAUCCAUCGAAUCGUUUGUGGUCCACUAAAUAAAACGAGCUUCUGAUCUCCUCUUCAGCUACUGUCGAGCCUUAUUAAACGUGUCAAAAUAAAACGUGCGGGAACUGUCUACGGAAGCGCGACGGCAGUGUUUUAUGAUUCAUUCGUUACGGUUGUCCAGCCCAGUUAUGUUCUCGAUCAAGUACAGCAAGCAAUUUCUGAGCUAUCGUAUACUCAAGUCCAACCGGUUCAAGUAUAUCUGACGAUACGGACUCGGACUACGUAGAAAGUGCGUGCAAGGUGGUGUGUGUGUAUUAUACCGCGGACGGCUUGUCGUACCUACGGUGCUCAGAAAGAUAGGGAAAGAAAGGGUCGUGUCCCUCGGCAAGACCUGGAAAGUCUUGUAUCCAAGUCCGAUGGCCGGAUCGCUUUUUGCAGCGACGCGAGCUUGAGGAAGUGUGACGGUGACAACGACGUGGCAGACCCGGUGUCUUCGAAACUCGCUAGUGGAGCGAAUCUUUCGAGGGCAAAGGGUGAUUUUUUGGAAGAAAAAAAAUUGAAUUGCUAACGAUGUAUGUGAUUUCAUUGCCGAGGAGAUUUUGAUCGGGAAGUAGAGUAUUAAAAUUUGGAAAACACAGACGUGUGCGAGAGAAAAAACACAAGAGCAGAAAAAAUCAAAAAUUGAUAAAAAAAUUUUGAAGAAGAUAAUUAAAAUUAUAAUCGAGAUUAAAAUUUUGUCAGACCGGCUUAUGAGAAAAGGGUGAACGUGGUAGCUAAUGAUUUUCUUGUUAAGAUAAUUUUUGAACGGGAAAUUAAUAAGUCAAUAAAGAUAACGGAGAGAAUAGUCAUUAGCGGUGCACAUUGUGAGUAUAUACGAGAAAAUUGCGAAGAGGCUCGGACAGCGAAUUUAUCUAGAGUAACGACAUUGCUCGAUGCUCUUAUACAUCAGCUCGUGAAAGAUCAUUAGAACUGAGGAUCGAGCGGCAGGAUCAGAGUAAGAGCGGAAAGCACUCGGAAAUUCCUUCGAGAGAGCAUAGACACUGAUUUUUCACGACAGUUACGUUCUUAUGUAAAAUACGCACGCAGAACAUCGGGCCUGCAUAAAACGCGAAUUAAAGGGAAUCGCUAAUUAAAAGCGAGCGAAAUCUGCAAGUCUUUGGCGAAUCGGCGAAAAUAAAAUCGCGGGGAGUAAAAAAAAAUGAUUAAAAAAAUGAUCGUUUAUGUCCCGGGCAGAAUGCCAACUCACGUUGGUCCCUACGGCGCCGCUCGUUACCCGGGCACCCUGCUAGGAGCUGCCCCGGGUUUUUACAGCUCGGUUUCCGGCUACACCACCAGCCCGGGCCCGAGCUACUACGGGAGCUUCAGCGUCCAGCAUCAACCAGCGUCGCUGGAUCUUCCGAUUUGGCCGCGAAAAAUGCCGGCCGAGGAGGAAUUGGGAACCUCACCGGCCGUCGGGGUGUCUCCGGGCACCCUUGGCAACGGUGGUCCUCCGAGUCCCGCGCACAGCGACUCGGACGCGUCCAGCUCGAGCUUGGAACUCGGCACGAUCAGGACCGGCGAGAACGCCCAAUUAAAGUGCAGAUGGCACGAUUGUGGCCGAUGGUUCACGUCCCUGGAACAACUUGCGGGACACGUUGCAAGGUUGCACGCUGCACCUGGUCCAAGGGGUCUGUUUUACUGCGGAUGGGAAGGAUGCGCGAGAGGCGAGCGUGGGUUUAACGCGAGGUACAAAAUGCUGGUCCACGUACGCACACAUACAAACGAGAAGCCGCACCACUGUUUCCAGUGUGAUAAGAGCUUCAGCAGAGCAGAGAACCUGAAGAUUCACGCGCGUUCUCAUACCGGCGAGCGUCCCUACGUCUGCCCUGUCGAGGGUUGCAACAAAGCUUAUUCGAAUUCUUCGGACAGAUUUAAGCACACCAGGACUCAUGCGGUGGACAAACCAUAUUGCUGCAAAGUACCCGGUUGUUCGAAAAGGUACACCGAUCCGUCGUCUUUAAGAAAACACGUGAAAACUUAUCGCCAUUACGUGAACAACAACGACAAGGUUCAGGAGAAGAGUUUCGACGACAGUAACGUUCAAGAAAAAACAAGGUUCGACAUUAACUCGCCCGAUAAACAGAGCAGUAGUACCUAUUCCGAGUCAGACAAGAAGAAUUCGAGCAUUGAGAGCAGCAUAUCGGGUUCUAGUCCCAAGACCAGUAACAGCUUCGAGGAGCAGAGGAACUUCGUCGAGUGGAAUAACAUGUACAAUCUUCAGGAACAGCGGAAGGAACCGGAACAGGUCACUCCGCCGAAGCCGUACGAGCAGGACGUGAAGAUCUAUCCAAGGAUGUACGAUGACAGUUACAUUAUACCGGAUAGGAUCCAAGUGAAUCCCAUGUACGCUUCUGGUAGCACCAUCAUCAAGGAUUGCUCCGCGAUGUCGUCGCCUCACACGAGUCCCGGUCGAGUGUCGGAUUCCAUCCCUCGCAUCGGAAUGCAAUCGACGCCCAUCAAGACCGAAGAACCCAUGGAGUGCAGCGUCACCAAGACCUCUACGGUCGACUACAGGAACAUCGAGUCGAUCGUCAACAGUACACCUUGCAAGAAGGAAAAUACGAUCAACUGCGACCCAGUGAGACACUCGGUGAUCAAACGGGCGGAAGAUCUGAAGAUGGAAAUUGAACAGACCCCGAAGGAGAAGCUCAAGGACAUGAGUGGCGGUGACUGCGGUUGUUGUCGGCACAAAUGUUGCAUGCACAGCAAUGACAGCAUCCUACGAAAGACGAAGAUCCUCUCGGAUCUUAUUCUCAAGUCCCACAGCCCGGUCUUUCGACAUCUGUUGGAUUCGAUGGAUUUGCGAUACGGAUUGGAGAACGUGUGGGGCAACAUUGUGGAUACCGCCAACACGUGCGGCCAAGAUCUCCGAGUGAAGAACGAAAACGUCACCGAGAUGGAGCAAGAUCUGCCUCUGGACCUGACGAUCAACAAAUAAUAAACGAUAGGUUUUGACAACA